AUGCUCCCCCACGGCCACUCCCCAGGGGGCGUCAGGCCGCCCUCGUUCGGACCCGUCUUCCUCUGCCUGCUGGUGGCGCUGUUCCAGCCAGUCCAUCUGUGCCCUCCCCCUUGUCUCUGCUCCUCUGACGGCAUGCUGGUGGACUGCGGGGGCCGCGCCCUCACCUCCCUGCCUCCCUUGCACCUCCUCCCUGCAGGGAGUCGCUCCCUCCUGCUGGCCAACAACAAGCUAGCCUCGCUGGGAGCGUCGGCCUUCGCUAACCUCUCCUCUCUGGAGGAGCUGGAUCUUUCCAACAACUACCUCGACAAUUUACCGGCUGGAUUAUUCCGGGACAUGAGCAAUCUGACCAAACUGAGUUUGCACAACAACUCUCUGACAGCAAUGGAUAGAGAUCUCUUCCAGGGUUUGGGGGGUCUCCAGAGUCUGGACCUUUCGGUCAAUGGCUUGGCAUCUGUUCCAUUGGGGCUUUUGGAUGAGCCAAAGGGUCUAAGGUGGCUGUCCCUGACUGGUAACAGGCUUGUCGGUUUGGAGAGGGCGGCGUUUGAGCCCCUGGCCCAUCUCCAACACCUGGAACUGGGGCACAACCCUUGGGAAUGUGAUUGCAACCUGCGGGAGUUUAAACACUGGAUGGAGUGGCUAUUGUACCGAGGUGGAACGGUGGAUGCGAUGGAGUGCACGCUACCCAAAGAUCUGCGAGGGCGAGACAUCCGCGGCGUUCCCGUGGAAAUGUUCAACUACUGCCUCCAGCUGGAGGACGAGAACGGCGGAGGAGGAGGAGGCGACGGACCCCGAGGAGGUCCUCCCUGCAGCAGGGGCGCUGUUAACCCCAGCGGGGCGCCGCCAGUUUCUGUUGGCGAUGACGCCUCUUCAAACACGGGAGGAGGAGGCGAGGCGCCGGCGGAUUGCGUGCGUGCCCGCUACCGCCCGGUGAGCGUGCGGCGCGCCAUCGGCACGGUGGUGAUCGCCGGCGUGGUGUGUGGCAUCGUCUGUAUCAUGAUGGUGGCCGCCGCCGCUUACGGCUGCAUCUACGCCUCGCUGAUGGCCAAAUACCAGAGAGAGCUGAAGAAAAGGCAGCCGCUCAUGGGAGACGGCGAGGCGGACGCGGACGAUCGGGAAGAGAAACAGAUCUCCUCGGUGGCGUAG